CAUUUACCAACUCUGACCUGACGCAGGAGUGGUGGCGCUGUUUGCGUCUUGAACCCAACACCCCAAAAGAAGAAAUAGAUGCUAAUCCGAGGUUAGCUCUUGGCUCGUAAAUACAUAAACAAUCCUGCUUGGUCAGGGUGGAGCUGCAGAGGACCUGUCUGUCUGACCCAGCAGGAGCAACAUGUCAGCGGAUACGAAGAUCGCUGAGCUGCUCACUGAGCUCCACCAGCUCAUCAAACAGACUCAGGAGGAGAGGUCACGCAGCGAACACAAUCUGCUGAACAUCCAGAAGACCCACGAGAGGAUGCAGACGGAGAACAAGACGUCUCCAUACUACCGCACCAAGCUGAGGGGCCUGUACACCACAGCGAAGGCCGAUGCAGAGGCUGAGUGCAGCAUCCUGCGCCACGCUCUGGAUAAGAUCGCUGAAAUCAAAUCUCUGCUGGAGGAGCGGCGGAUCGCUGCUAAGAUGGCUGGAGUUUACAGCGACAGCGACCCCCCCAGGAAGACCAUGAGGCGCGGCGUCCUGAUGACGCUGCUGCAGCAGUCAGCCAUGACGCUCCCGCUGUGGAUUGGCAAACCUGGAGAGAGCCCUCCUCCUCUGUGCGGCGCAAUCCCGGCCAGCAGUGACUACGUGGCCAAGCAGGGCGACAAGGUGGCGGCGCGGGUGAAGGCCGUGGACGGAGAUGAACAGUGGAUCCUGGCCGAGGUGGUCAGCUACAACCACUCCACCAACAAGUACGAAGUGGACGACAUCGAUGAAGAAGGAAAAGACAGGAGGCACACGCUGAGCCGCCGGAGGAUCAUCCCUCUGCCUCAGUGGAAGGCCAACCCGGAGACCGACCCGGAGGCGCUGUUCAGCAAGGACCAGCUGGUUCUGGCCCUCUACCCGCAGACCACCUGCUUCUACCGCGCCCUGAUCCACACGCCGCCGCACAGGCCGCAGGACGACUACUCGGUUCUGUUCGAGGACACGUCGUACGCAGACGGAUACUCCCCGCCGCUCAACGUGGCGCAGCGCUACGUGGUGGCCUGCAAGGAGAACAAGAAGAAGUGAGGCUGUGACGGAACAAACGCAACAUUUCCAUGGAGCAUCACCUGCUGGCCAGUGCAGGAACUGCAGGGCGGAGUCACUUUUAUUUACAUGUAAAUUGUUGCACAAAGUGCCCUGAUGAAACUUUGAUCUCAUAUCUGCAUUGAAGCUUUCUGAUGUUUUCAUAUUAAUCAUUUUAAAUAAAUAAUUUCAUCAGGUUUCUGA